CGCAACAGCAGCCGUAGAAUUAACUGCCAAAUCGAGAAAAAAAAGAAACAAAUAUACAUAAUUAAAUAAAAGACAAAUCACAUUGUGAUCAAAGCGCAGUGAAGUGACAAAGACAAACAAGAACACAAAGUGCUCGCUAUUAUUUCGCAAACAAUUUGUUAAGUGAUAAACCACAACGUACUCCAACAUAAUGGCCACAUUAUCGACGCAUCCCAACUACGGUUUCCACUUGGGUGCCGGGCAGGGCUUGGAGCUGCCCUCGCCGGGAGAUUAUGCCACACAGGGCUUGGGCAAUGCCCAGCUCAGUCCCAGCAUGGACAUGGAUAUCAAGCGCGUGCUGCACUAUUCACAAAGCGGCGGCUUGGCCGCCAGUCUAGCUGCCAUGGGCGGCUCUCCGGGCGGCGGACCAGGCGCUCAGGCAGCCAGCAACAUGAGCCACCACAUGGCGCAUCACAUGCAACAUGCUGUGGCCGCACAACAGACGCUAUCGCCCAACAGCUCCAUUGGCUCCGCCGGCAGCUUGGGCAGCCAGAGCAGUUUGGGCAGCAGCGGCAUGGGCGGCGGCUUGGGCAUGAACAGCGCACACAAUGCAGGCACAGGCGCCGGCAAUGGCUCCAUGCAUAGUUUGGCCACAUCACCUGGCCAAGAGGGACACAUCAAGCGGCCAAUGAAUGCGUUUAUGGUUUGGUCGCGCCUGCAGCGUCGCCAGAUUGCCAAGGAUAAUCCCAAGAUGCACAACUCGGAGAUCUCCAAGCGUCUGGGCGCCGAAUGGAAGCUGCUCGCCGAGUCGGACAAGCGUCCCUUCAUCGACGAGGCCAAGCGCCUACGCGCGCUGCACAUGAAGGAGCAUCCGGACUACAAGUACCGCCCACGUCGCAAGCCCAAGAAUCCGCUUGCCGCUGGACCACAGGGCGCGCUGCAGAUGCAGGGCAACAUGAACAUGAACAUGAACAUGAAUAUGAACAUGAAUAUGGCGCAACAGAAGUUGGGCGGAGCUGGCGCGGGCCCAGCGGCUGGCGGCUAUAAUCCAUUCCAUCAGCUGCCGCCAUACUUUGCACCCUCGCAUCAUCUGGAUCAACCCUAUCCGGUGCCAUAUUUCACAGGCUUCGAUCCGCUGGCGCUGUCCAAGCUGCACCAGAGCGCGGCGGCCAACAAUCAGACGCACAAGGCACAUCUGGAGGCACAGCAGGCAUCACAGCUGCCACCCACAUCACUGAGCAGCUUCUACUCCGGCAUCUACUCGGGCAUGACGGCGCCUUCGCUGUAUGCCGCCCACUCCGCCAAUGCAGCCGCCGCCGGACUGUACACCUCCAGCUCGACCAGCUCGCCGGGCUCCUCGCCGGGCACCAUUACGCCCAAUGGCAUGGAUGGCGCCAUGGACAGCGCACUCAGACGGCCGGUGCCGGUGCUCUAUUAGAGAUUCCAGCAGCAGGGUGUGGACGGAUGGACAGACAGACGGUUGGAGUCCCAGAGUAAAGUACAAUUAGCAUUGUUGACGCGUUCCCAAAGUGAUCCACUGGUUUUAAGUCUUUAAAAGCUCUAAGUAAGACACUCGCAUUUCUCUACCCUUUUCUCUUUCUCUUUCUCGCUCGCAAAAGUCUCAGCAAGAGUUCUUAAGCAACAUU